AUGUCCUUUUUUAGCUCCGAGAUAGCCCUCGCGACCAAGGCUGACGGUGCGGCAAUGAAGACCAUCGCUCUCGUCACUCUGACUUUCUUGCCCGCCACUUUCGUUACGGCACUCCUCGGUAUGAACUUUUUCAGCGUCGACUCGGGCCCCACAGGUGGACAUCUAAAGACUUCGAAGGAUCUGUGGAUUUAUUUCGUUGUCGCAGUGCCGCUCACGACCAUGGUUUUGUGCUUCUGGUGGUGGUGGCAGAAGAAAGAAGAAACAAAGGCGAAGUAUACUAACAAAACGGGAUGGAACCAGGAUGUUGAGAUGCCGGAACUGGGCGGUAAACUGCCCGUGUAG